AGGAAGGGACUCAAAUAACCGGAAUGGCAAUGGUUAAUCUGCGAGAACAACCCGGAUUGCAGGAACUAUCCAAUUUGAUGAAAGACAACCCGGGUCUGCGGUGGGGCAACAAGGUCGGGAUUCUCCUCCUCCCUGUUCAUUACCACAGAAGCUGCGGCGACCCUCUCGAAUACCUGAGAAAAGCCAAGUCGAUGAUUGACCGGAAGAAGAAAUCCCUGGAGGCUCACUUCUCGUACAAAAUCGGCGAAAUGGUCAUGUCUUAUCUAGGAGCACGUGCUGCGACCCUGCUCAACUACAGGAUCUUCUGCAACACCACGUUCAGCAUCUCGAACAUGUUCGGCCCGCACGAGGAGAUCGCGGCUGUCGGCAACCCUAUCACGUACAUAAGGGUGAACGUUUCGGGUUUACCCACGCGAUGUAUGCAGGCACUCACAUUGCACAUGAUGAGCUAUGCGGGGAGGGCGGACAUGCAGAUUCAGGUGGCCAAGGACAUCAUCCCGGACCCUGAAUUUCUGGCCAAGUGCUUUGAGGAGGCUCUACUCCAAAUGAAAGCAGCAGUUUCUACUGCCUUGAAUUCAAAGAAGUAA